UCUGUAAAUGUGUCUCUAUCCAACUCCAAUCCAAAGUGCUCACGCAGAUAAGUUAAAAUUUCAAGUUUAGAUAAUAAUUAUUAUUAUCUCAAACACCUGUUUGAAACAUUUAAUCGAAAUUACUUCUAGUCGUGACCAUGGAGCUCUUACUCAAUUUUUGUUAUUACGUAACACUUUUUCUAAUUCCGAUCUCACUCUACGUUCUUGUAUUCCAACAUCGGACAAAAAAUCGUUUUUACACAAACCGAGAUUGGUUUUAUAUAAUUAAAUUCCUAAUCGCAAAAUCGGCCGUCAAAAAACAUCAAAACAAAUUCAAAACAAAAAUUAACAUAACCGAAAGUCCAAUAGAAAUUCGGACGGAAAAUUACUGUGAUAAUUAUUUUAUAUAUGGAGCAGAUCAAAAAGGCAAUAGUCUAUCGUUACGUUUUAUAAUUGGGUCAGGUCUAGUAGGCGAGGUUUUUCUUUGUUUACGGCUUUCAACAGGCGCCAUCUAUACAUUUCCUGGUGAAAAAAAGACAAAACAGUAUAAUCUAUCAGAUUGGCAUUGGAAAACAAAAGACCUCCAUUUGGAAAUUCUGGAACCAUUCAAACGUCACCGAGUGACAUUUAAUGGAUUAUUGAGCAACGCCACCAACGAUAUUGAACAUGUCAGAUUCAAUUUGACUUGGAUUGCAACAAAUGCUCCCCGUUUUCAUCCCCAAGACGCCGCCACUGACUUACUCACCAAUGCACUUGCACAGCACCCGUGGCGUGACGGUGAUUGGCUAUCACUGCUAGGGGAUGAAUGCGGGUACGAACAAUUCGGUGCUUUACACGGAUUUAUCAGAGGCGACUCGUUUAAAGAUGACUUUUUUGUAAAUUUACCGUCAUGUCGGACAAGGUUUUGGGGUACUGCGGAAAAAUUGGCCGUGUCAAAAUGCCUUCAUUUAUUUGUUGCCGGCCAUGAUGGUACUUUGAUUAGUAUUUGGGUAAAAUCAUUGAAACAUGGUUGCCAUGGACUACAAUAUGGUAAUGUCGUGAUGACUAACGGUACCAUUCAACCAAUUACAGCAAGCGAUAUCAGAUUUGAUUGUUUGGGACAAAAUAGCCAACUUCCCGAAACUUUUCUUAUACAUAUUUACGCAUUGAAACAAACUUUCAGAAUAGUUUUCCAUACAAACACGAUUAAAACAAUUGUAGACGGGCAUGACCUGUCAAAUAUUCCCGCCGAUUGCGAUUUAAAUACCCAACAAGGUAAAUCAUUGGUUGAAUUAUGGCAAGGCGUAAAAAACACAUCACGUGACAAACCACUCAAACCACUUUUAAUCGAAAAUAAAAGCAAAACAUUACCAACGUGUUACGUGAUCUCACUCGACGACGAAUCAGCAAAAAUUGUGAAUUUGAGCGGAGGUAAAGGUUGUUCAUUGGCAAUGCUCACAUGUUUGAAAUCAGAUGACUUUAUUGUUCCUAAUGGAUUUAUUAUAACAGUUAAUGCUUUCAAUAAACAAUUAGAAAUGAAUUUUAAUAUGAAGAAGGCAGUGUCUAUCCUUGAUGACAUUUGUUGUGGGCGGAGCUUAGGCGAUUUGGAGCACGCUUGUGCCCAAACAAUUAAAACCUUUGAAAGUGAAAAAAUAAUCCCCGAAGUUGCUUCGGUAAUUUUGCAGGCUUUCCGUAAUCUCAAGCCCCGCCCCACUGAUCGAUUUGCUGUCCGUUCGUCGGCAAUUGGUGAAGAUUCAGAGGAUUUAUCGGCAGCUGGUCAAAACUCCACCUUUUUGGGAUGCUCCACCUUCGCCUCCAUCCUUCAGUCAGUCUCCGCCUGUUGGGCGUCACUCUACACCAAUCAAAGCGUGCGUUACCGCCAUAAACACGGCAUAGCUAUCCCAUCACAAAUGGCCGUUGUUGUGCAAAAAAUGGUACAAGCAGAUUGUGCCGGUGUGUUAUUCACUUGCCAUCCCUCAACUGGAAACCCCGCCCAUAUUGUAAUAACGGCCAAUCAUGGCUUGGGUGAAAGUGUGGUUUCGGGGCGGAGCGAACCGGAUACAAUCAUACUUGAACGCACGUUCGAUAAUGACGUCACUAUUCAAUCGAAAACUUUAGGUUUGAAGAAUAAAAUUGUUAAAAUGACGACGGAUGGAGAGGGCGUGGUCGAAUGUGAUGGACUGCAAGGUUUUAGUCUGACAGAUAAUCAGGCGUUAGUUUUGGGGCGAGUGGGAGUGGCAUUAGAAGAGAAAAUGGGAGGAGCGAGAGAUAUCGAGUGGGCUUUUUCUCAAGGAAGGUUGUAUUUACUUCAAGCUCGACCAAUCACAACGCUGAAUUUGUGGACCGAUUACGAAUUGUUACACGAAUUUGACGUUGCCACAUUGAGCGAUGAUGUUGUUUACACUGUUGCCAAUACUGGAGAGAUUUUGCCAGGAGCAAUUUCCACUUUAACAUUAUCGACAGUUGUAAAGGCUAUCGAUAAGAGUAUACAAAUAUCGGUUGAAGGUCACAGUAAUGAAUACUCUCUCAAAUGUUUAGGGACGUUUCAAGGCCAUCUUUUCGUCGAUGUUAUCACCGGGAUACAUCGACGUGUCAAAAAUAAAAUUGAACUGAUAUCAAAAAUUGUCGAUUUAGCAAUUUUUGGACACCCAAUCAUCAAUGAGAAAAUUCAUUACUUAUCAUUAAAUCGAUUCGGACCCAUUGGAAGCUUGGAGCAAUUUAAAGAAUUGUACACUAUGAUCAAAUUGGCUUGGUGUAAUGAAAAGAACGCAAAAAUGAGCAAAACAAUUAACGAAACGUAUCAAGUGGGCAUCGAUACAACACGCGACACUCUUAAAGAUAUCUACAACAAAAUUGACAAGUCUUUGAAUAAAAUGGCGGAAGUUUUGCUCCUCCAUUGUUACACAACACGAACAUCCGUCAGUUAUCAAAUAUUUGCAAUGACUGUUCUUGCCGAAAAUGCCCAAGAUUUCACCAUUGACCAUUACAAUGAUAUUGCCAUGUUGUUGGCAUCGUGCGAUGAAGUCAUUUCUGCGGAAAUCCCCAACACUCUUGCCAACAUAACUAGAAUUUUGAACGAAAAUCACCAAAACAUGAAAUUUGCCGAAAUUGAUCCGAAUUUGGGGCGAAAAUGGUUAAAAGACAAUUCACCCGAAGCUAGUAAAAUCUUUGAGCAAUUUAUAAAAAAUCACGGACAUCGAGCUUUGCGAGAGUUUGAUAUCUUUAAUGAAACAUGGGGUACGAAUCCGGUCGAAGUGAUUAAAAUGAUACAAACAAAUUGUCGAAGUAAAAGUCCGAAACAGGAAAAAACAAUUAAACCAAUCGAUGAAGUCAUCGCCGGUUUGGUUUCACCGACAAAAACUUCUACGCGAAAAUUUCUCAAGUUUUUGAUGAAUAAAAGUCGACGUGCUGUCGGGCUUCGAGAGCAAACAAAGUCAGAAAGUAUUCGAUUUGUGGACAAACUGCGUCAAAGUUAUAGAAUUUUGGGCCAAAAAAUGGCCUUUCAAGGUUUAAUUCCUGAACCGGACUUAAUUUUCCACUUGUCGCACUACGAAAUCGGGCAAAUUCUCGAUAAAAGUGACCGAAAUCCGAUCAUAAUAACCAAAGCACUCAGACGCCAGAAAUUGUACCCAAAAUGGGACCGAUUGAAAUUCCCCGAAAUUUCCUAUGGGAUCCCCUUGCCCGAAACUCGAGAUUUUAUUCCUCGAAGCGGCUCUGGAACAGUCAAAUGUGAGGGAACACCGGUUUGUUUCGGUAUUAUUCAAGCAAGAGCGUGCGUUAUAACCGAUUUGAAGGAAAUUGACCAAUUACAUGAAGGGGACGUCCUCAUUACGUAUUGUACAGAUAUUGGCUGGUCACCGUAUUUCCCCAUGUUGGGGGGAAUCGUCACCGAAUUGGGAGGUUUGGUAUCGCAUGGAGCCGUGAUUGCACGAGAAUAUGGACUACCCUGUAUUGUGGGGGCCAAAGGGGCAACGAAAAUGUUUAAAACGGGAGAUUUGGUUAUACUUUCAGGGGAAAACGGAACAGUUGAGUUAAUAGUAUAAUUUUUUUUCUAAAUAAAAAUUAUGUUUAUGCAA